AUGAAACUCUCAUAUAGUCUAUUCAUAUUUGCCAGUUGUGUAUUGGUGCUUGUUUUUCAAAUAGCAUGUUUAGAUGCAGCUGCAUUGCCCAAUGAGAAAUCCGCCAUGGUUGAAAGUAGUGCAAGUGAUGAAAAUGAUGCAUCCGUACGAAACAAAAAGGAAGCAAAUGGAAUAGCACCACAACAGACCAUUCCUGUACCUCUUCGUCGUCAUCAUUUAAAAUUUGGUGUUUUAGGCAAACGCUAUGCCUAUGGCUAUUUGGGUAAACGCACCGAAGUACCAGAAUUCGAAGAAGAUUUUGAAGACUGGCUAAAUAAUCUUAGAGAACGCCGUGCCGGCCGACCACAAUAUGGCUUAUUAGGCUGA